AUGUACUGUUGGAUGGGCUUCUCGCUCAUCCUUGCUAUUCUUUUGACCUCUGCUGUCUGCGCUCAAGAUCCAGGUUUGGAUACAGAUCCUUACUUGCAAUAUAAACCACCAUUUGUCCAGUCGCUACCUGUCCAGAUUCUCGUUACUGGUGUCGUAUUCACACUCGUAUCGGUGCUCUUCAUCCACCUUCUCUUUACUGCUCAAUAUCAUUGGCCUUUGGCCCCGGUCAACUAUAUCCUCCAACUUGCUGGUGUCACUACACUCCUCAUCUCCCUUAUCGCAACACUCAAUGUUGUCUUGCAACGCUCCAUUGACGAGUCAGAUGAUUGGCCCUACAUGAUUAGCUAUAUAUCUGUCAAUGUACCUCCUUCAGACGAAGACUGGGAAAAUAAAGAAUGGACGUUAGCAGAGAGGGCGACAUGGGUCAUAAUGAUGGCCACGACUAGCGUCUUGGUGCAAAUAACACAUAUCCAAUUUCUCGGUCUCCUCUAUCCCUCAACACUCGAGAAAAGGCUUAUCUUCUCAUUACUCGGACCUUUGGCCAUCUUGUCGGCAACGAUGCAGUUAAUCCCAAUUUCUGCAUCAUCACAUACAAUCGAGAUAGCCAGUGCCAUUCGCAACGUUUGCAAUGCCACGCUCUCUCUUCUUUUUACAGCUGCACUAUUCAUAUGGGGACUUCUUGUCAACCGAGUUCAAGCAUGGCGCACGGAUGGUGGCACGGCUGUAUUCGGGGCUGCUGCGUUGGCGUUGGCGAUUGCUUCUACUGCUCUGAAUUUCCUCUAUGUACCAAGGGAAGAAGAGUAUGUGUGGCUACCCGGACUCAUGUGGGCUGUGACUCUCUGGCAAAGUUUUCUCGGGUGGUGGUGGUGGGUCGGGGCUGGAAGCGGUGCGACGACGGAAGAAGUGGUAGAAGAGGUGUUGAGGCGUGGGCAGAGAAUCUCUGGGAAAAGAGAACAAAGAAGAAGAGCGAGACGGAUGGCGAAUGGUGAAGCGGAUGUGACUGGGAACGACGCCACCAAUUCCACCAAACGAUGGCGUAUGUUUGAACGGAGAAGUUCUCAUCCUGACGAGGAACAUGAACAUGAUGGCAAUGAUUCAAGCAAAUCGAGACGUAGGCGUCGUGCACGGCCUGAAGGAGAGCCCCGCGCAUCUGACAAUGAGGGUGGUUCUGCGAAGGACGGAGGCCACCCAACGUCGAACAGGCCAAGGCGCAGCAACUCAGUUUCAUCGACCACAUCAGUUACUACGUCUUCCACCGGAACUUUACCUGGUUUUCUACCUCGGGUGAUUCAUGAGUGGUAUGCAAACCUGAGACAUGCGCAUGUCACGGCUGCCAGAAUACAGGCCGAAGAACGACGUGAGAGAAUUAUGGAGUUAGAGAGAGCAGAGCGGGAGCGAGUACGCGUUGAGAGGGAGAGGGUCAUGCAGAGGAUGGAGAGAGCGGAGAAUGACGGAAAUCGAAGAAAAAAGAAGAAUGUCAAGAGUUCCGGAGGUGUAGGGUGGUUUAGGAUGGGGGUGCCCGGCACAGGGUGGGGACUGGGGUACUUUGGUUGGAGAUUGAGGCAAGAGGGAGCAUCAGCGACGACAACUGAAGCCGCAUAUGAAAUGGAUAAAUACGAGAACGGCUCUAGACGAGGGCGAGAGAGGACACGAGAGCGUGACAGUGCAACAAGUGGAAGUGAUGAUAAUUAUACGGAUGAAGAUGAUCAGGCGGAUCCCUCCCGACGUAACCGCCGUGCGCAGUCCGAACCUCAGAAUACGAAUACAGAAGGACGUUCUGUUCAUUGCUCUGCAGCAUCAAUCCAACCACCCAUUCCACCUCAGCCACCAGAACCGGUACAGAGGCAGUCUUUAUGGUGGUGGGGGCCGCUGGGGAAGUGGAGAUUGCAGGACUCGACAAUGUAUUGA